AUGGACCUCAGAGCCUCCAUCUCCCUUCUUGUGCUGCUGCUUGGCCUGUCCAAGGCUCUGCCUGUCAUGGAGGACAGUGAUGAAAAUGAAAUUUUUCUAGAGGAGUCUGACAGUGUGGACUUAACUACACAGAUUCUGUCAACCAAUAAUGCCUCCAGUGAGCUUCUAGUGGAAGGAGAUCUUGUUGUGCCAAGAACCAGGAAUGCUAUGGCUUGCUGGAACAACCAAUGCUUAUGGAAGAAGUCUUCUAAUGGAAAAGUUGAGGUCCCCUACACAGUCAACUCUCAGUUUUCAUCCUCUGAUAAGAGUAAAAUUCAAAAUGCCAUGGCAACCUUCAACAGAAAAACCUGUGUACAGUUUGUUGCUCGCUCAACUCAGAGGGACUACAUCAGCAUUGAGAACAGAGAUGGGUGCUUCUCCAGCCUUGGGAGGACAGGAGGCAAACAGGUGGUCUCCCUCCAAAAGAGAGGUUGUGUUUACCACGGCAUCAUCCAGCAUGAACUCAACCAUGCUCUGGGCUUCUACCAUGAGCAAACCAGGAGUGACAGAGACAAGUAUGUGAAAAUCAACUGGAAUUACAUCAACUCACGUAAGCUGCAUUCCCUACCUUCAAUUCUUACUCAGACCGACAGAAAUGAAUGUAGACCUUGA